UGUGCAGUAUUUCAUACCCUUGGCUCUGCUGCGCCGCUUUACAGCUCUUUGACCGGGUUUUCUCAGAAAGCAGACAAACGGGGGUCUGCGCGCGCGGGAAACCAAUUUUGUUUAGAAUUUCUGCGGAUCAGGGAAAGUACAGGAAGGGUUAGAGAGCUCUUGAACUGGAUCCAUCCAUUGUCUAUAUCUUUGAGACCAACACUUGAGUGUACCAAGUCAGUUUCAAACCCAGGGCUCAAGGAUCGACGGGCAGUUGCAUGAGCACACAAUGUGAAACAGAAUGAAGGUUAUCACUUGUGAAAUAGCAUGGCAUAAUAAAGAACCUGUGUACAGCAUUGACUUCCAGCAUGGAGCUGAUGGCAAAAUCAACCGGUUGGCCACUGCAGGUGUGGACACCACAGUUCGGAUGUGGAAGAUUGAAAAGGGACCUGACGGAAAGGCCAUUGUGGAGUUCCUGUCUAACCUGGCCCGCCACUCUAAAGCUGUGAACGUGGUGCGGUUUUCCCCUAGCACUGAGCUCCUGGCAUCUGGAGGGGAUGAUGCUGCAAUUUUGCUUUGGAAGCUCAAUGACAGCAAGGAGCCAGAGCAGCCAGCCUUCCAAGAGGAUGAAGAUGCUCAGCUCAACAAAGAAUAUUGGACUGUCGUCAAAACACUGCGAGGUCACAUAGAAGAUGUGUAUGAUAUCUCUUGGACAGCUGAUGGGAACUUCAUGGUCUCUGGAUCUGUGGACAAUACUGCAAUUAUGUGGGAUGUCAAUAAAGGACAGAAAAUGACUGUUUUUAAUGAGCACAAGAGCUAUGUGCAGGGAGUUACCUGGGACCCCCUGGGACAGUACAUCGCUACCCUCAGCUGUGACAGGGUAAUGAGGGUUUACAGCACACAGACCAGAAAAAAGACCUACAGUGUCAGUAAGAUGUUAUCUGGGGCAGCGACAGAAGGAGAGGUGAAAAAUUAUCGAAUGUUCCACGAUGACAGCAUGAGGUCUUUCUUCCGUAGACUCACUUUCACACCAGAUGGGUCCUUGCUUCUUGUCCCAGCUGGGUGUGUUGAAGCAGGAGAAAAUGUCACAAACACAACAUAUGUUUUCUCACGGAAAAACUUGAAAAGGCCUAUAGCUCACCUUCCAUGCCCUGCCAAGGCAACUCUGGCUGUACGCUGCUGUCCUGUCUUCUUUGAACUGAGAUCUUCGUUCAACAAAGAUGAUUCCUCACAGAAACAGCCUAAUGUUUUUAACCUGCCCUAUCGGCUGGUGUUUGCAGUUGCUUCUGAAGAUUCAGUGUUCCUGUACGAUACUCAGCAAUCCAUCCCCUUUGGUUACAUUUCAAAUAUCCACUAUCACACUCUCAGUGACGUCACCUGGUCCAAGGAUGGUUCCUUCCUGGCUGUGUCCUCCACAGACGGGUACUGUUCCUUUGUAACUUUUGAAAAUGGAGAGCUGGGAACCCCUCUGAAGCAGAAGCCUGUAUUUGAAAUGCAGACCCCAGGUGCAGCGGUGGAGAAAAAGAUAAAGAAAGUACAGAGGACCGCAUCACCAGUGCCUAAGUCAGUGGAAGCCAGCCCAGUGAGUGGCAGGAGCAGCGAUAUUAGUGUUCCUAGCCCCUUGCUGGAGGGGACUCCAUCCAGAACUGUGUCAGGGAAGGAUACCCCCUCCACCCCUGUCAGCACCAAGGCAGUCCCAAGCACUCCUGCUUCUGAAGACAUGAAGCCCCUGAGUGGCAAAGGCAGCCAGCCCCGGAGGAUCACUCUCAACACACUGGCGGCCUGGAGCAAACCUAGCACUCCGACAGGGCCCACACCCAGAAGAAUAGCACUGACCCCUGUUGGAUCUCCAGUGCUGUCUAAUACCGUGAUUUCUACACCACCUUCUACAGAAAAGGCAAAACAUGAGAGACCGUCCCCACCAGCUGAUCCGCUCUGUAAGCCUCCAGAGCCGAAGAGGCCCAAGACAGAGGAGUUCACGGUCUCUGGGACCCCCGACCGACACCACGCUGAGAGCAGCAAGAACACCACGCAGCAACAACAACCCAACGAUCCUGAAACCAAGUGAACUGUCAAAGAACAGAGACACUGGCUAAUUUCUUAUACUGAGACUCAAACAUGUACUUUGCACUUCCUUGAAUACAGGUUGCCAAAACUUGUUUAUUACAACAAAAAAAGAAAGAAAAAACAGAACUCUUCACUUGAAAUGCUGUCACCUGGCCCUUUUUUUAAUUCUUUUUUGGGGGUUAUUUGAAAUCAUGAGGUAACGUGUUUGCUGUUAAGGGUUUUAAUGUGCAUUUUUGUAUAAAUAUGUAUUGGGGAUAUUAUUUUGUAUAUUUUCUUUCAAUCUUAAGUAUUGUAGCUGUCUGAAAUAAUAUGCUGCUGUUUUGGGCCCUUGCUGCUAACGGCACAUUUGGAUAUUUUGAAAAACAAGAUAAACUUGCAGUUUACAAAUGAAAGAAAAAUGUAUAUAACUUGUGAAAAAGACAGGGAUUUUAAACUUUUAUAUUCUGAGGACAAUGGUUUAAAAUGUCUGUGUCUUGAAUUAUGCUUUUUUCCCCCUCCAUAUAAAACUAUUAACACUUGCA